AUGGCUGCCGAACCUUGGCUGGCAAGUUUAGGCCAUAGUUAUCAAUCCGGCAAUGGCGCAACGAUGGCAAACAGGGACAGAGAGAGAGAGUUGGGAGAGAGGCAGAGAAGCAGAAAUAGCGGGAACAGAGACAGAACCUCACGCAAAGCAGGGACAGAACUACAGAAACAGAAAGUUCAGGGACCCACAAGCGGACUGAGCACGGGCAAAAGCAGAGCUGGAGCAGAGACAGAGCAGGAACAUAAACAUAGAUGUAGACAGAUCAGGGAAAAAGACAGGGCAGAAACAGAGCUAGAGCAACAUAUAGAGCUGAAACAGAGACACAUACAGAGCAGGAACAUGAACAUAGAUCAUAGACAGAGAGACAGAUUGAGUACGGACAGAGGCAGACAUGGGACAGAGGCAGAUCAGGAACAGAAACAUAGUCACAGAAAGAUCAAGAACAGAGGUAGAGUACAGGCAGAGACAGAGGAGGAACAGAAACACGGACAGAGCAGGAAAAGAAACAUAGACACAGACACCAGUUCAGGGACAGAGGCACAGAAAGAACACGGACAGAGACAGAGCUGGGAUAUUGACAGAGACGAGACAGAUCAGGAACAGAAACAUAGUCACAGACGGAUUUGGGAUAGAGAGACAGAGGAGGAACAGAGAGCAGAUAAGAAAGAGAAACGCAGACCCAGACAGUUAAGGGACAGAGGCACAGACUGA